GCAAGAGUGACAUAUCUUGUUUACAAGUAAAUAUUUUGAACAUAUAAUAUAUUAUGGUUUAUAUUAAUGGUGAAAAAAUAAUCUAAAUUCGUGUUGAGCAGUGAUCAGUGACUUAAGUAAAUAUCGUACAAAAUAAAAACAAAAAAAAUGAGCAACAGCGACGAGCAAAAGGAGGAAGCUGGGGGAGCUGAACCAUGUUCGUCACCCAAACCUCUUCCGGAUCCAAACAUUAUCUGCAAAGCAUUGAUCGCUAAAUUGAUUGAUAAAAAUGACGGACCGUCGCAACCCCGGCUAAAAAGAAAAUCGAAACCAAAGAAGAACAAUUCUGGAAAUGAUCAACGCUCAGGUUCUGUUAUAGAAAUCUCGGAAGACGAGAGCAACACGUCCUCGGGACCUUCUUCACCCGCACCACCAAAUGCACCACGACCUUUUGAGAAGAGCAACUUCUUAUAUGAAAAGAAAUCCAAGAAGAAAUACAAACAAGAGAAGGAAGAUUGGUGGAGAGACGAUGAUGUUCAACGUGAGAAACGCUUGCCGGACACUGGAACUGAUCACACUUAUAGUAAGCCUUAAGCUCGUUCUUGAAAACACUCGUUUUGAUCAAGUAUGAUUUAUGAAUAUUUAUAUUAUAAAAUCAAUUUUAAUUAUACUUCUUUGUGUCUACAUACAGAGCUAUUAUUAGGAUAUUAAACUCAUUGUUAGCGGUAAGUUAUAAAAUAUUCUGAAUGUACUAAAACUUCUUCAUCAAUGUUCAUAGUUGUUGGUUGUAAUGUUUAUAGAAUCGGUUGUACUUACGGCAUUGUUUUUUGGUGGUGUUCCAAUAAUAUUUCACAUAUAUGUUUGGUCGUAAUAGGUUUCUUCGUAUGAAUGAUGUUAUAAUGAUCAAAGGAUAAUAUUGUAAUAAAAUAGAAUGUUCCAAUCAUAAAGACACAAUUUUACUAGAAAAUUACCAGCGCAAAAAAUAUUUUGUUUUGGGAUUCUUUCAUUUUAGUUUAAUAUGAUGUAAAGAUGAUCAGCAUCACAGUAUUAAUAACGGUAAUGUACAAUGACUCUUGUUGUGCAUUCAUUUGAUUAACAAAAAAUAUGAUUACAUAUGAUUGUAACAAUAAUUAAAAAAAAAUUGAAGGUAACUUUGUGGAACAGAGUAGUGUGUAAAUGAAUACGAUUACUAAUUAGAUAUAAGUUUAAAUCAAAGGUUAUUUAUGGACUUGUUUAUAUUCGAGUUGUAUUUCUAAAAGACUAUUAUUGCUACAGGCGAAAGAGUUUUCUCGAUCCCUUUAGAUUAGUUACUUUACCGCGGUUACUCUCUAAACUUGCCGUAACGGAGUAAAAGGGUGUCACUUCUC